CCCAAAUCAUGCCUGCGUUCUUCAAGGUUCUGAUCGACGACUUCGCUACUCACCUCGUAAGCUCCUCCGAUCUCCUUUCUCUUCUCCCCCUUUUCUUUUUCUCUUCUAAAAGUCUAAAAAGAUUCCCCCCACCAGAAGUAAUUCCAAUUUUGUCUCUCUUCGAAGAGGUUGCCGCCGUAUUUCAUCUAUAAAUUCGGUAAGCUGCUGCCGGAAUGCCCGAUUCUGAGGGUCCGAUGCGGCGGCAGCGAGGGAGAGUGGCGCGUGAAGGCGGACGAAGUUGCGGCGGAGGGGCGGUGCUUCACCGACGGGUGGCCGGAAUUCGUGACGGAUCUGGGUCUGGGGCGCCAUGAUUUUCUGGUAUUUUGGCUGGAAUCCCAAUCCAGAUUCUUGGUUGAGGUUUACAAUGAAGAUGGGACUGCCAAGAUCUUGAGUCAUCUGUCCACAGCAGCCCAAGGUAAAGUUUCCCUAAAGGAGGAAGACUCCUUAGAGGAUGACGUGAAGUCAUCACCACCGAUCGUUGAUGUCAGCAGGAAGAGGAGGAAGAAGACGAUGUCGUUUUCUAUCAAAAUGAAACCUUCCAACAGAUACAGAGUGACAAUGCCAUCCAACUUCUUGAGGGAGACGGGAAUGAUGGGAACUAGGUGUCUUGUGCUGGAGGAUCUGCGGGGACGGGAAUGGCCCGUGUUGAUGUCUGCCCAUUGCCAGAGGAGCACGAACAGGACAGACAUGGGAAGGGGGUGGAACGAAUUCAGAGUUAAAAACGGCCUACUUGACGGGGACACUUGCACCUUCAGCUACACCGGCGGGGAUGAAGAAGGUGAAGAUGGCAGCAGUGGGUGGUUGCUCCAAGUUGAUGUGAUGAGAGCAAGCCCUAAAAUGGAGGGUUGUGGCUCCUCUCUUAGACAAACAAGAAGCAAGGCUAGUCACUAGUUACCCUAUAACUCUAUUAGGUACAUGCAUUAGUCAUUAGGUAUGUAGCAAUAAGGGAAUGUGCUUUGCAUCUUGUGGUCUAUGUUUUCUCUUGUUUAGGCCAUUACCCAAUCUUAGAACUCAUUUUGUUUUAGUUCUUCUUUUAAGGUCCCUUGUGUCAAUUUACGUGUCAUUUCAAUGUUUUGUCAUAGAAACUAACUUGAAUUACAUUUUGUACCUUCAAGACUAAUAUGAUUAAAAUCAAUAUAUAUGGACAAAAUUA